AUGGCUGCGCCGGUAUGUUGUUCUCAAGCAGAAACAAGGUCACUAGAACGGUCCUAACGCGUCUCAGCAGUCUGCCGCAAGUAGGGUGUUCGCCAUCACCGAACUCAUCGAGAAAACCCUCGAAGAACUGCCUAUCAUCGACCUCUUGAUCUCGCAGCACGUAUGCAAGAAGUACCGCAAGACCGUUAAAGGGCCCCUGCGCUUGCAACAGGCUCUUUACCUCGAGCCAUUGCCCGAGUUCGUGGAUCUCUGCGGCAUCGCUCUCCCUCCUUAUACCAUCCUAGUCACUACCGUCCUGGUAUCGGCAAGCCCACAAGACUCCACGAUCAACCCACUCCUCGCAAACGCAUGGCAAUACAGUUUGAAGGAAGACGCCAAACAUAGCGCGCGCUCCAAUCCCCAUGCCUCGUGGCGCGAUAUGCUGGUCUCUCAGCCUCCCAUCUUCGAAAUGCGGCUAGGCGCCAUCAACCUGCACACUAUCAAAUCGAAGUGCUUCCUCGUUCGAACGCUGGAUAGCAUGGCUCGUCAACUCGCCAAAUCAGGCACUAUUCGACAUAAGGGCAGGAUCAUUCGUGGGCACAGUGGAGGCCAGCAGGUCCAGACAGGUCAAAGUAUGGGAGUCGUCCUCGAGGCUCUGGAAGAAGGAUGGAACCAGGACGAGACAAGUGUUUGUACAUCAGAGUUGCGAUAG